AUGUCUGUAUUCUCAUCUUCGUUGAGGAGGUCGUUCCUAUGCCAGGGAGCAGCAGUGCGCCCGCUGGGCCAAGGGCCAAGGCUUCUCCCACUUCGGGGCCGUGGCCUUGCGUCCGUGGCACCCGGAAACAGGUCCGAAGGCUCAAUCGGUGAUGCCUUCACCUCGCUCUCCAAGAACGAGAUCGAGCUCCCCCACCGCUUCGGCCAGCUCAAGAAUCAGCUUAUUGGAGACAGCGGCCGGGCCAUCCUGGACAGCUGGGUGCGCCUCCUCCAGCACGUGGAGAAGGAGACAAUCCCCAGCGUUAACGAGCUUAGCUCGUCGAUCAUCCCCGAGGUCGAAUUCAGCUCCAUUGUUGAGAACGGUGGACAACUACCCGACAAGUCAAAGGCUCUCCUCAAGGAGCGUGGCACCAUCGUUAUCCGCGGAUUGGUCUCGGAGAAGCAGGCCCUGGAUUGGAAACAAUCAGUCCGGGGCUACAUCAGCAAGAAUCCCUCUACAAAAGGCUUCCCCACGGAUGACAUCCAGGUUUACGAGCUCUAUUGGAGCAAGGCGCAGCUCGAGGCUAGGGCGCACCAGAACAUGCUUCUGGCCCAGGCUGCCCUGAAUUGCGUGUGGAGCAAGGCAGACCAGGACAAGGCUGUGUUGUCAGAGGCGCCUGGUGACAAGUCCUUCAAUCUGGGCCCUCACCUUGACGGUGGCUCUCUCGAGCGCUGGGAGGACCCAGAGUACCGUAUGUGCUACACAGAAAUCCUCCAAGGCCGCUGGGAGGAGCAUGAUGCCUUCAACGUGAGUCCCCGCCUGGGCGCCAAUGUCGACAUGUACAAUGGCCCAGGCGGUUGCUCUGCGUUUAGAUCAUACCAGGGGUGGCUUUCUCUAUCCGACUGUGCCCCGGCUAACGGCUCUCUCCGGGUGCUUCCAGACCUCAAAGCCUCAACCGCCUACACACUUCUGCGGCCCUUUGUCAGGCCAACUCCAGGAGGUUGGGAUCUGGAUCCCAACUCGUCCUUUUUCCACGGAGCUGCCAUGGGCGCAGGCCAAGAGCUGCUGCCCAACCAACACCCGCACGUCAGUCCGGCAGGCUUCGUUACCAUUCCCAGGAUGAGGCCCGGCGACGCCGUCUUCUGGCACUGCCCAGGAGAUAUUUCACGGCAAGGACAUGAACAUGUUCCCGAGGAUGACAAAGGCAGCAUUCAGCAGCGUUGGAAGGAGGACGUAUUAUAA